AUGUCCAACGGAACCCCCUUCUUCCUUCCCGCCUCCAAGGCCCAAGGGCUAGCAAACUACCCCCACGCCCGCCUCGCGCCAACAGCCCCCCACCGCACGAUCUACGUCUCCGGAACAUCCUCCCGCCGCGGGGACGGGACCUGGGAUGGGGUCACGGAGCACGCAGACGGAACAUACAUCCUCGAUAUCCGAGCCCAAACAGCGGCUGUGUUACGAAACAUUGAGACGAUAAUUCAAGGUGCUACGGAUGGACGUGGAGGACUAGGAAACGUCGUCGAUGCGACUGUCUUCUUGGUCGAUUUACCGGAGACCUAUGCGGGGAUGAAUGAGGAGUGGAAUCGGGUGUGGCCGAGGAGAGAGGAUGCACCUGCGAGGACGACCAUUGGAGUCAAGGAGUUGCCCAAUGAGAGGUUGCUUGUUGAGAUUAAGUGUACGGUUGUUGUUGGGUUGGAGUAG